GAGGGAACGCGGGGAGCGCUGUGCGUUGGACGCGGCCCCGCAGCUGCCGGGCUCCGUCGGGCUCCCGCAGCCCCCGGUGCAGGUGGAACCCGGUGCGGGCGCUGACAGGUGCUCGGGCCCGAAGCCCGCGGCUCUGCGCACGGACGGAGCGCGGCCCCGCGUCACGGCCCGGUGGGAGCGGAGAGGUGCGCGGCACCGGGCGCCUCCGGAGCCUCCGGGACCCCGGGGCAGUCCCGGGGCGGGGGCCGAGGGCGUGGUCCGGGCCGCGCUCGUGCACCGGGGUCGGGGUCAGCGCUGCCGCUGCUCUUCUCGCCCUGCACCGGGCGCGGAAUCGCUGCUCGGGGCGGGCGCUUGCGGUCAACCCACGGCAACGCGCGCCCCGCGGGGCCCUCCCCGCCGCGUCCCGCAGCAGCUGGGGCCGCAGUCCCGCACCCUCGGGCGAUGACGGCACGGGACGGAUCCUCCCUCUCGCCCGCGGGGUUUCCCCGGGCGGCAGCGCGCGGCCCUGCCCGGACCCCCCGCGCGAAGCAGCCCCCGCAUCCCGACCCACGCGUCCCCUCCCGGCUGCGCGGGGCCGCGGGUCCCGUGCCCCCACGCGGGGCCGCCGCUGCUUUGCGGGGCCGUCUCCCGCGGCCUGCUCGCUCCCCGCGGCCGCCGCUCCGCUUCCUCUCCCGUUGGCCGAGCGAACACCACGUGGCCGUCGGUGCCGCCGCGCUGCAGGAAGCGCGGGGCCGUGCUGCGGGGAAAGGCCGCGGUGCGGGAGGAGGAAAACGCGGAGCGAUGGGAACGGCCGCGGGGACGGCCAGGAAGCGCAGCACGGCUGCGCCGGAGGAGCUGCGGGGACGGAGCCAGCGGGGCCGGGCCUGGCCCCGAGCUGCCCGGGGGCGGGAGGAGGAGCGCGGCGUCUCCGCGGAUCGGAGCGGAUCCAGGCAUGCCCCGCUGACGUCCCGGCAGCCGCUGCCUCCCUGCGCCCAGCGGAAAGACGGGUUUGGAUGGGGAGGUGGGAACCGCGUUCCCGGUUCGCUUCCGUGCGUACCGGCGGCGCCCGGCUCCGUUUCUCAGGCGCCGUCGGGGGCAGCGCGGGGAUGCAGCGGCCCCGAGCGCUGCGUUUCCCCGUCCACGAGCGGCAGGAAGGCUCCGUCCCGGCGGCACAGCCCGCAGCGGGGCCGAGCUGCCGCGGGGUGCGUUCCCCCGGUGCCGACCCCCCCGGGCUGAGCCGCGCUGUGCGCGUAGGAAAUCGUCGGGGCGGUGGGCUCCGCUCGGCCGGCAGAAGUGGAAGCGCACGGGCCGGGUUCUUCCCGCUGUCAACUUGCGGUCCCCGGCCCCGGGGGGGCUCCCCGCUGCCCCCCGCCCCGUCCUGGGAGCCGUGCGGUGCGGUCGUGUUGCGCGCUGUGAUGUUGUCCCGGUGACGCUCGCUCCCUUCCCUCCGCUCUGGGUUCCUCCCUGCGCCUCCUGCUAUGGGGUGAGGGCUGCAGGAUGGGCGUGGGGUGCACGACGCCUCUCGUCCCCCCAGUCCUCCACGUGCCGGCCCCACACCUCGCAGGGCUCUCUGUGGGGUCUGCGCUCGGGGUGCGCCCCGGGGUGCACCCUCCUUAGGGGGUUUUGGGGAGCAGCUCAGCCCCCCAUCCUACAGGGCCGGGGUUGGGGUUCCCGAAAGCACCUGGUACCCAAAUCCACCCCGCAGAGCCUCCUCUGCUUCCUACUCCCAUGACUUUGCCGUCCCACCUGCACCGCCCGCCCCUCCUCGGCGCGUCCCCGUGCCAUCGCCCUUUGUGGGAGGCGCCGGGUUCCCUUGGAACUGAGGGAAACUGAGGCACGGCCGCCGGCAUCGCCCCGGGACGGCGCUUCCUGCUCCUCCUCCAGGCAGCGGGUUCAGGCGGCCCGAUGCCAUGGGAUGGACGCAGCGCGGAGCUCUUGGCGUCGUCCCCCCCCCCCCCCCCCCGCAGGUGACGCUUCCAACCAUGUCCCUCUGGAGCAUCGUCUCCCAGAUGGCGCCGGAGGAGUUCGGAGGAAUCUUCACGGAGUUCCCCCGCAGUCUGCGCUGCGUCCUGGGCGAGUGGCUGGAGAACCAGCCCUGGGAGUUCAUCCACGGCCCCGACGCCUUCUGCUCCAGCGUGGCACAGGGGCUGCUCUCGGCGAUGCUGGAGAGGCUGCGCAGCGCCGGCGGUGACGGGCAGCAGUGCCACAUCCUGCAGCAAAUCAGCAGCAUUGAGAUCAGCCCCUGCGCUCUGUUGCUGCCGCGAAGCUCUGUGUGCGGGGGCUGCCCUCCGCUCCCCCCCCCUCCCCGCCCCGGCUGAAAGCUCCUCCUUUUGGUAACAGACACUUUCCACGUACGUUGGGGACGGGGGUCACCUUUCCUCGCAGCUUUUGGGGAGCGGGCAGCCUUGGGGCGCUGCUGCUUGCUUUUGGAAACGCGCAGAUGUCGCAGCUUUGCCCUUCUGAUGGACAGCCCCACCUCCCGGCGCUCCCCCGCAUCUCUUGGGGAUCAACCCCGGGAUUUCCUCCCCUAAACCCCGGGGCUUGUGGGGCUGGGAUGGGCCCGGGGCCGCCCGCGCUGCACGAGCGGCGUUUGCGCUCCCGAAUGCAGCUGAUGUGGGAUGUGCACCAAGGUCGGGGGAGCGGAGCCAACGGGGAAAUUCCUCCCCGGGUUCGGUGGAAGGCGCUGAUUCACCGGGACAGGGGCGGAUGGGAAGGUCCUCCACAGCUGCAGCGCCGGCGCCUCCGGGGGGUGACGCUGCCGAAGCGGGGCUGUGGGAUUCGGGGUCGGUUUUGCUGCCGUCGGGAAUCACUUCGCGUUUGCUGUGCGCGUUUUGUAGGGUUCUGAAGUUCCGUCUGCCCCGUGUGUCG